AUGGUCUGCGGCCUCUUCGCCGUCUUCUGGCUCUCCUUCGGCAUGUUGCAACUGCCCACCCUCGGUCUCGCCGCCGCCUACUCCCCCACCGGCGAUGCCGCAGCAGGAGCAGUGAGUAAAGAGAUGAAUGCGGCUGGUGGAGCGCUCCUGUUCAUAGUAGGCCUUCUGGGCUGGUACAUGCUCUUUGUCAUUAUGGCUGUAGAGAUGCGUUGGUCUGUAUGUCCGCCUGUUGGAGAUCUGAGCAAAUACUGGGCGAAGACGGAUGUCGAGAUUGGUGCAAAUGCGAGCGGGAAGAAAGAUUGA